CUCUAUCGUUUAAUCCUCACUUUUCUUUGCUUAAUGAAGGCCUCUGUUAUACAGAUUCAUUGGCAUAUAGAAGCAGCAUCUAUUUAUUCAGCUCAUUUUGAGCCUUGUAAGAAGGGAAGACUUGCUACAGCAGGUGGAGAUGGUAAUGUACGGAUUUGGCGUGUAGAACGGUCUCAGGUAGUUUCACAAUUGUCUAAUGAAUCAGGUAAUAUGACGCAUACGUCAUAUUCACCACGUUUAAUUUAUCUUUCAACACUUUCAAAGCAUACACAGGCGGUUAAUGUUGUCAGAUUUAGUCCACGAGGAGGAUUAUUAGCAUCAGCAGGUGAUGAUGGUAAUGUGUUAAUUUGGGUUCUUUCGGAUGGGAUUCAUCCGUCAUUAAGUCUUGGAAACGAAAAAGAAUCGGAUGAUAAAGAAACAUGGAAAAUUUUUCGUUUUUGUCGCUCAUCAGGAGCGGAAAUUUAUGAUUUAGCAUGGUCACCAGAUGCAGCAUAUCUUUUGACAGGUUCAAUGGAUCAUGUAGCACGUAUUUAUAAUGUAAAUGAGGGUCAAUGCAUUCAGCAAUUGAGUGAACAUACACAUUAUAUUCAAGGUGUUGCAUGGGAUCCAUUAAAUACAUAUAUAGCAACGACAGGAAGUGAUAGAACGGUGCAGAUUUAUCGUAUAGAUACGAAACCUAAAUUUUCAGUGACAUUACAUGCUAGUUUAUCACGAAUGGAAUAUUCUACUGCAGUUGGAAUGUAUCAUAAUGAAACGCUUUUAUCAUUUUUUAGAAGAUUAAAUUUCACACCUGAUGGUAAUUUAUUGUUGGUGCCAGCAGGGCAAUAUCGAUACUUAAAUGAAUCAGAAGAAACACUUAAUACUGUUUAUAUAUAUACGCGGGCAGGAUUAAAUCGAUCUCCUGUAGCACAUUUACCAGGACAUAAACGUCCAGCUAUUAUCGUUUCUUGUUCUCCAAAAUAUUAUACUUUAAGGAAUAUUGAAAAAAAGGAUGAAGUGACCAAAACAUUACCAAUUGUGAAUACAGCAUCACAGAACGAUUGUGUUUCUGAUUCAGUUCCUGACUCUAUUUUGGAUACUUUUACUGAUACUUCUAAAUCUGUUUUUGAUAGUGCACCUAUCUCAUUUUCUUUGGAUUAUCGAAUGGUUUAUGCCGUUGCAACUCAAGAUACAAUUGUAUUAUAUGAUACUCAACAUGUGAAUCCUAUUGGAAUGUUGAGCAAUUUUCAUUAUGCUACAUUAACUGAUCUUGCUUGGUCUUUUGACGGAAAUGCAUUGCUUAUAACGUCAACUGAUGGAUAUUGUUCAAUUGCUCUAUUCGAUGAAAAUGAACUCGGCGAAGAAUAUAUAAGUCCAUUUUCUUCAUCUUGCUCCGAACAUCCUACUUUGCUAAACGAUCCUUUAAAAGUCUCAAUUGAUAAGCCUAAUUCAAUGACAAACAUUCCUUUUCAACCCGUUGUUAAUUUACAAUCUAAUGAUAAAGAUGAUGUAUCUUCGCAUAAUUUAGAAAAUCCUCUUUCGACAACUACAAUUGUUAAAGAAAAAAAGAAAAGGAUUGCACCAACUCUUGUUCAGUUUUUUGAUAAUAAAUAACAAGUUAAUUGAUCUAUCUUUCGAUAUAUGAAAAGCGAUAAUUA